AUGCCCCGGUCGCAGCAGGACGGACCCUUGCUAGCGAGCGCCACGGAGGCGCUGCAGGGCGCAUUGUGGAAUGUCAUUAAGGCGCAGGGGUUGGGCGACCUGCAGUGGAUUUCUGACGCAGUGUUCAAGAAGAACUGGCGGAACGAACGGGAAGCAGAGGAAAGAGCGUGGCCGGGCGGUGGACGGCAGACGGGUGAGGCGAAUGUGAGGCGCGCGCUUCGAAACCUACGUCGCACACGGUUCACGCCCCGUGCGGAGCUCCCCACGGCGCUGGUCGCACGCUUUAGUGAGGUCGAUGCAAACCAAUUGGACGAAGCACAACUAAACUCACUCACCGUCGUACGACGGUCCACUCUCCUACUCUCUCUCUACGCCUGUCUCUGGUCUUCGCCACGUUCGGACACAUACACCCACACGCGCUCAGACGCGCGCGUCGAAAUUAGCGAAGCCAGCGAUGAAACCAGCACUCAAACCGGACGCAUAGUCUGGACCCAAGCACUCAACCUACUCAGCUGGGCUGCCGAGGCAGACGCCGGGCUCGACGCUGAUGGCAUCUUCCAAGAAUGCCUCGCCCUGAUCAUCGACGUUGAGAAACGAGUCUACGCUAUCAGCGCCUGUAGGGGCGCCAGCGAGACCUUCCACGACAAAGAGUCGCACAGCGCCAUCUCCAACCGGAUUCUCACGUAA